GCCAGUUUCAGUGUGUGAGAGUUGUUUGCCACUAAGUUUUAACGACUUGAGUCACACUUUUUUUCUCAAUAGCGAAGGUUCUCCAGGUAAUUUUCUACAGCAGGGCAACAGAUUUACCACUAGAGGUCCCUCUAUCCCAGCACAGAACACACCCAGAGAGACCAGAGACUACCCCAUGGCUGAGAGAACACCCCUCCAACCUCCAACUCCCCAGCCUUACCAGGACCCAUGCUUCCAGCAUCACACCCACCUCUCCCACCACUUCCACCCCAGUAUCGGGAGCCCCAGUCUGGACCAGACAUCUUGCCACCACCCUCUGGAGCUCCAGAUUCCCCUGGAGCAAUAUGGGGGAAUUGGAAUAGAGGCAGCACCCAGGACCCCUCUACCCGAUUCAAGCCCCUAUUAUGGGGGGAGCAGAGACAGCUACAGCGGUGGGGGGGGUGGAAGAGGAGGUUAUGUAGACAUUCAUGGACAUAGCAGAGGUGAUAACUGUAGUGAUGUUGAUGGUAGAGAUGGUUGUUUUGUAGCGCGGAAAGCUAGCUACAGUAAUAGGGGGGUUGCGGAUGAUGUUGUAGGUCAAGGGGAUGAUUUCGGCAGCCAUUUUGAAAGUCAGAGCCUUGCCUAUGCUAGCCAGAGGGAUGAGGGCUGUGAUGGGGAUGACAGCAGCGCCAGCGGUAGUGGUGUUGAUAUUUACCACAGAAUAGAUGAGGGCCUUAUAAAGGAUGAUGUCUUUUACAGAACGGAUGAAGGCCGUAACAGCAGUAGGGAUGAUGUUUUCUACAGCAACAGUAGAGAUUAUGGGUGUGAGGAGAAAACGGACGAGGGGUCUAACACUAGGGAUAAGGUCUUUUACAGAAUGGAUGAAGUCUGUCGUAAGAGGGAUGACGUGUUCUACAGCAGAGAUUAUGUGUGUGAAGAGAGGCGAGAUGCCAACAGUGGUUAUAGAGACACCACUACCGGUAGCCAUGAUGGUGAAAACAACAGACUUGAUCAUCUCUAUAAUGGUAGCGAUAUCUUUGACGAUAAAGGAAAGAGGGAUAGUUUGAGAAGGGUUGACGAUUUCGGAGGAGACCGUGAUGAUUUUGGGGAUAAAAGGUCCAACCUGGAUCCUCCAGAGGCCCAGUUCAAGCCUGGGUUUUGGGUGAGUCCCUCUCCCACAGAUCAGUGUUCUGUGGCUUGGGAAAGCAGUGAGAAGGGUGGGGGGUACCCCAAGGAUUGGGCAUCUCUGUACUCCUAUUCCCAGGCAGCAAGUGGCCCUAGCGGUGGUGGCGUUGGGGUGUACCGGCAAAAACUGGACUCCUUUUCAGAGGCGUUCUUCGUCAGACGCAACGUCGCCGGCAACAGAAUUCCGAAUGGGAAUUCCGGAAGUGGAGUUUUGGGAUUCGAAGCGGGAGGAGGAAGCACAGGAUGGAUCAAAGCGAGUGCUUACAAUUCACUCACAGACUCUUCCACUCUCCCUCCUCAUCCUCACCCCUACCCCCUGCUCCUUAGCCCUCCUCCCUCCCCUCUCCCCACUCCCAAACUCACCACGACCCCUUCUCUCGGGACAGUUGAACUAACCCAGACCCCAGGGGAGGAUUGUAGUGGAACAGUCCAGUUUUACCCCUCCUCUCACCAGCCGCUCCACACUACCCACCCCUCCACCGUCAUGUGGAAGCUCCCACCUUGUCAUUGGCUGCAGCAGUCAGGUGACGUGGGUGUCGUCGACGGCAACCCCUCAAGCGCUGGCCAUGUCUACUGCCAGGAGGCAGUGUUCACUCAGAGACAUGUUCACCAGGACAAUGAGAAGAAUACAGGUCACUAUAGUUUUCAAACUCCGGUACAAUCAAACGUCGUCUCUGCCUCACCCCUUCACCUAUCCUCUCUUCCAUCCCAGCCCCCCAGUGGACUGCCACAGCAUGGAGCAGCACCCCUAGUGGUGUUUAGAGGUAUUCCCUUCCUUAGUCCGCUCCAGUCUCGUAGAGAGGAGGAGGGCAGAGGGAGUGGAGCGGAUUGGGAGAGGGCUCCACUACAUCCCUCGACCUAUGCUGAAUCCCCAACGCAGGGGAACGGGCUCCUCUCCUCCCUCAUCCCACCUUCAGCUGGGGAACGAGGGAUGGGAAGGAUGACUAAAGAGGAGAAGGGAUAUUUUUACUUCCGUGAGUGUAUCAACGUGGGUCGAGGGUUCCAGGCUGAGCUGCCAUGUUGUCGAGAGAGGGAGGAGGGGUCAGGGGCGUGGCCAGAAGAAUCAUCAUCCAAUGAGAAGUUGCUCUGGAAACCGUGGGAGGAGCUUCAGAGGAAUUCUGUAAUUCAGGAAGAAGUGGAGGCGGUGUUGUCGUUGUGUAAUUCUAGCUGUCUACCAGGAGGGGGCAGCAACACAGAACUGGCUCUACACUGUCUCUACCUCUGUCAUGGAGAUGCACUGGCCACGUUGGAGAGAUUGUUCUUCUCGAACCCAUCAACAGCAGUAGACUACCAUUACGCUGGUAGUGAUGUGUGGCAGCAGACUGAGAAGUCUCUGUUCAGUAAAGCGUUGACGACCCACGGCAAAGACUUCUCUCUCAUCCAACAAAUGGUGCAGACUAAGUGUGUGUCUCAGUGUGUGGAGUUCUACUAUCUCUCCAGGAAACUUCCUGACAAACAGAGAAAACAGAGGGAGCAGGAACGAGGGACGGAGGAACAGACGAGUGUGGUGUCCCUCCCUAAACCGAUGGAACAGGUGGUACCAGCCCCGUCAUUGGCUACCAGCUUCCCCUGUAAGCAGUGUGGAAAGAUGUUCUAUAAGAUAAAGAGUCGUAACGCCCAUAUGAAGAUCCAUAGGCAGCAGCAGGAUGACUGGAGACACCCCCCAGGCCUCGUCAUCAACCUAGCCCAGAACGUCACCCCCAACCUGGGAACCAAUCUACCCCAGCUCCAGGCUUCAGGUCGGGCCUACCUCCCAGGUCCCAUCAACAACAACAACAGCAACCACCACACCGGUGGCGCUCACACCACCAUCAUCAUCAACAACCACACCAACAACAACAUCAGUGAUCCAAACAUUCCGAACACCAAUACCAUGACCAAUAGCAACAGUGUCAGUGUCAUCGACUCCACCCCUAAUCAGAGAGGACACGCCCCCCUCCUCUCUGUCCAGCAAUCGUGGGACUUGUUUCAGUUGAACUCUAAUCCUGCUGCAGGGUUCUACUAUGACCCAGAAGUGAAAGGAGCCCUGGGGGUCACGGUGGGAGGGGUGAAAGGUCAAGUCCUCUGGCAGUAGAGUUCUAGAAUCAGAAUGAAUAGAACUGACAUGUAUAGGACUACAUUCACAUUUUGCACCAUGAAAAGCAUUUAAAAUAUAUAAAUAUAGUGAGAAAUCUGUAAAUUGUUUAAUACCUAUUUAAAUGUUUUGAAUUUAAAUUUUUAUUAAAAUUGAUUUUUGUA